ACUCAUCGAGCGACCACGUCAACAGCUGAGAGAAAAUGGCUGCAGAGACUAGCAUCAUUUGCACAUGACUAAGAUGACGGUUUGAAGUUUGAAGAAACAAAUUAGAUGAAAGAAAAAAAGCGGUGGUUCAUUGAUAUCGUCUUUCAUUUUGCCUUUUAAUAUUCCAAAGAUAUUAAAAGCAGAUCUAAGCCAUAUGGAUAUAGUUAAUUAAAAAAAUCCAUAUUUGCCGUUUUUUUAUUCGGGUAUUUAAAGAAUUUCCCUGAUCGGCAUUUGUUUUUCACAAGGCGAUGUUUUAGGCGGUUAGAAAAAAGCAGUAAAAAGAGUUUCUGGAUCUGUUUAAAGAUACGCUGCGAACAAUGGCGAGUUGGCCCGAUACACUCCUGAUGCUUUUAUUUGCAUUCUGGCUGUGUGUUCGAGGUGGGAUGGCAAAGGGAGACGUAAACGCGGAGGCAUGGCUCCAACAGUAUGGGUACCUUCCUCCAGGUGAUCUCCAUAUACAAGCACCCCGUUCAGCUCAAUCCAUUUCUUCUGCUGUUUCUGCAAUGCAAAGAUUCUAUGGCUUAACUGUAACAGGAAACUUGGACUCUGACACACUGAAAGCAAUGAGGAGGCCUCGCUGUGGUGUUCCAGAUAAGUUUGGAGCAGAGCUUAAGAGCAACUUAAGAAAGAAAAGAUAUGCUAUCCAGGGACUGAAAUGGAAAAAGAAGAAGAUCACAUUCUGCAUACAGAACUACACUCCUAAGAUUGGGGAGUACGAGACCUAUGAGGCGAUCAGAAAAGCUUUCAAAGUGUGGGAGAGUGUCACCCCUUUACGAUUUCAAGAGAUCCCUUACAGUUACAUUAGGGACAAGACGACUGACUUUGCAGACAUUAUGAUCUUCUUUGCUGAGGGUUUUCAUGAUGAUGCAAGUCCAUUUGAUGGUGAAGGUGGAUUCUUAGCACAUGCCUACUUUCCUGGAAAUGGCAUAGGAGGAGACACACACUUUGAUGCUGCAGAACCCUGGACAAUUGGAAACAGAGACUUGUGGGGUAAUGAUGUUUUCCUGGUGGCUGUGCAUGAGCUGGGUCAUGCAUUGGGUAUGGAGCAUUCAAAUGACCCCUCUGCCAUCAUGGCACCUUUUUAUCAAUGGAUGGACACAGAAAACUUUGAGCUUCCUGAGGAUGAUCGUCGUGGCAUUCAGCAGCUUUAUGGACCCGACCCUAACAGCCAUCCUCAACCUUCAGCUAGCCCCCACACUCCUUUCCAUAUCCCUCAUCCCACUGACACUCCACGCAAGCCAGAAGUACCUCACUUUGGCCCAGAUAUCUGUGAAGGUCACUUUGACACCAUUGCGAUUCUAAGAGGAGAAAUGUUUAUUUUCAAGAAUAAAUGGUUUUGGCGUAUUCGUAAUCACCGGGUUAUGGAAAAUUAUCCACUGCCAAUUGGACAUGUCUGGAGAGGUCUACCUACCUCAAUUGAUGCUGCCUAUGAGAGAGAGGAUGGCAAAUUUGUCUUUUUCAAAGGUGACCGACAUUGGGUGUUCAAUGAAGCAAAUUUGGAGCCAGGCUACCCAAAGCCACUGAGAGCAAUGGGCAGAGGCCUCCCACAGGACAGAAUUGAUGCUGCCCUUUUUUAUACACCUACAGGCAACACCUACUUCUUUAGAGGAAAUAAAUAUUAUCGAUAUAAUGAAGAGUUACGGUCAGUGGAUCCGGGCUACCCUAAACCUUGUAAUAAGUGGCAGGGUGUCCCUGAUGACAUCAAAGCCGCUUUCAUGAGCCGAGACCAAAGUUUCACAUAUUUCUACAAAGCCAAUAAAUAUUGGAAGUUCAACAACCAGUUGAUGAGAGUAGAGCCUGGAUACCCCAAAUUUGCCUUAAGUGAAUGGAUUGACUGUCCAGAUGAGGAACUUAAGACAGGCAAAGAUCGAGCAAGUGGUGGUAGUGAUGACAAAGGUGGCAGUAACCAUGACAAAGAGAAUAACGAAGAUGAGGACAAAUCUGAGAAAACAGAAGUCAUUAUCAUUGAGGUGGACAACACUCCUGGUGAUGGAAGUGGAAUGGCACCAGUAGUGGUGCCGCUUAUGCUGCUAGUUUGUUUAAUUUGCACGCUAGGAGCCUUGCUCUUUUUCCGCAAGUAUGGCACUCCACGUCAUCUACUCUACUGUCAGCGUUCCCUACUAGACAAGGUGUAGAGAGGUGAAGAUAUAUGAAGAGGAGAGGAGGAUGAAGAUAAAGCUACCGGAAGUAUGGUAUAUAUUAUUUCCAUGCUUUGGUUGUAUCGCAAAAUAUGAUAAAGAAAAUGGGGUUGGGAUAUUUAUCUGCAUAUAAGAAUUAGAUAGACCAUAGCCCUUCUUGUUUCUGGCCACAAGAACCACACUACUUAAUAUCCUAUGUAGACCUAUGAUAGAGUGCAAGUAUAGCACUUUUGAAGACACAGAGCAGUACAUGUUUAUUAUAGUACAGUCCAAGUUGCCAUAAAUUCUAUGCACAGAAAUGUACUAUUAAAUAGUGUAAGAGUGUAGAGAUUGUGCAGGGAUCUUCUGCAUGUAAAUUGACUUCAAUUUUGCAACUACUAAGCACUGAAAAAAACCCCAGAAUAUCAAAAAAAUUGUGGAAGUGACAUUCCACUUUAUCAAGGGGAAAGGUCCAUAUUCAAAAAAUCUUACUUAUGUUUGACUUACACUAUAUUGCCAAAACUUUUCAUGGUUUGGCAAUAUAGUGUAUAUAAGUUAAAAUAAAUGUCUCUGCCAUCUUGGGAAUACUUCUAUGAAUCAGAACAAUUUCUGUGAUUGAGAGUGACUAGUCCUAUAAAUGGACUUAUCGCUCUUGUCCCCACUACAAAGUCUCAAAAAAAAAAAAAACCAGCCAUAAUUUUGAGGAAAGCUUGGACCAAAUGGGGUAUAUUGAAGAGUGUAAGUGUCUGUGUUUAAUGAUGUUAUCUCACAUACAAUGCUUCUCAGCAUGUGUCACUGCUUCAUGCUCAUGAAAUUUUCUUUGUACGUUCUCAUUUAACAGCCAUGGUUGACCAUAUGCUCUGUAUUAAAGAUAUUAUUUAAUCGCAAUUCAAUGGACGCAAGAAAAACUGAUGUAAAGUACUAGAUUUGAAAUUCUAAUCUAGUUAGUUAAAAACCUAAUUCAUUGUUUUUAUUACUUUUUAUUUUUAUUGACUGACAACCUUGCUCACAGUACAUGAAGGUUUUUUAUACUAAUGGGAGAUGCACUGUGCAAUUUUAGCCUUAAACGCAGCUUUACUGAGCUCCAAAAUAAAAAUAUUUUACAAAAUUUCCGUAGAAGCAAAAGAAAUAUGCUUUUCUAAGCUGAUGCUUAAUAGAUCCCAUUAUGACCAUGCUUUGCAAAGGGAAGAACACCUCUGCUGGGACGCAAAUGAUUUAAUUUAUUUAAAAUUUUUUAAAACUCAUACAUUCAUUGCAUGUGUUUUUUAACUGAUUGUUCUCAUUAUUAAAAGUCCAGCACAUUUUCAGCUUUAUAGAUGAUAGAUAUCCAAUAUAUGAGUGGACAGCAUUGCACCGUUCUCCCGCAUUUUGCCUUUUUGUUCAAAAUGUGAGGUGCCAUCUUGCAAAAAAUUGGAACCAGAGUAUUUACAGUAAUAAACCUUGGAUCUAGAGCAUGCUCAUUAGAUAUGGCCAGAUACGCAGUGGGUCUGCUUAUAUGUAUGUGCACAUCCACAGUUAAUUACCCAAAGUGCAACAGCUAACUAAAAUGGCAACCACAGCAGUAUUAAUAUACUGUAUACACUGCUUAAAAAAUUAUGGGAACACUUAAAUUAUACAUUGUAUUUUGAUGAAUGAAAUCUUUAAGUUUACUUAUAUAGAUAAUGUCAUUUGUUGAGAACAAAUUUAUGUGACAGUGGUCAAUGGAAUGCAAAAUAAUCAACCCAUUGAGGGAAGGAUUCAAAAUUAAAACAAAAAACCAAAGUAAAAAAUUUAAAUGACAGGCUGAUCCAACUUGCGUGAAUGUUAUCAUAAUUUAAAACAGCAACUCAUAAUGUAAUGUCAGUAGUGCGUAUGGUCCCCAUAUGCCUGCAUGCGAUCCCAACAAUGCAGAUGGUGCUCCUCCCAGACCUGUAUCACAGCAUCAGUGAGUGUCUGUGGCUGCUACUUGAAGGCUUCAGAUGCUCCGAUACAUAAUGUACUAGAGGUUAUUAAUUGGAUUCAGGACUAGGGAACGAGCAUUAUCCAGAACAUCAUUCAGUGAGCUCCUGGACAAUCUCUGCUGCUACUUGGUGGCUUUAGUUGUGCCGAACCAUAAUGCCCCAGAGGUUCUUAGUUAGAUUCAGGUCUGGGGAACCAGCAUCAUCCCUACACAUUACACACAAUGGCUCUGAGGAUUUCAUCCUGGUAUCUUACAGCAGUAAAGGUACCAUUGGCUAGCACACGGAGGUCUGUGUGACUCUCUAAGGCUAUUCCUCCCCAGACCAUCGGCGACCCACCACUAAACCAUGCUGGAUGCUGUGGCAUCUUCAGACAUUUUCAUGUCUGUCACAUCCAGCUGCUGGGUUGUUGCCCUUCUAUGGCCCUGUUAAGCUCUCCUCAUGUGACAGCCCAUCUCCUGGUAUCUCCUCAAUGCACUUGAAACUGUGCUGGGAGACACCAGAUGUCCUUGCGACUGCAUAUAUGGAUGUGCAUCCUGGGGGCAGUGCAACCUAAAAGUAAUGAAAAGCACCUUAACAAAACUAGAGACAAAUCUUGAAAGAUAAGAAAAAACUAAUUAUCUGUAGCCAUCACUUGCAAAACCAUUCCCUUUUUGGUGGUUUUCUUGUUGUUGCCUCUCAAGUAUACCUGUUUCAUUUACCUCAAAGCAAGUGAAACUGAUUCAUAAGUAUUCUCUUAUGCUUCAGGACAGAUUGAAAUACUUUGAUGGUCAAGUGUUCACUUAAUUCUUUUGAUAUAAAGUAUUUAUCAUUUUAAAAUAAGUGAAGAUACACAUAAUUGUAUUCAGUAAUGCAUGUGUCUUUAGACAAAAAAAAAAAAAGCCUACUUAAAUAUUUACUGCAUGCAAAGAAAUUAUAAUUCAACAGUAUUUUUACCUGAUGGUAUUAGUCCCAAAAUCUCAGCAAUUUGUCCCCAAUUUUUGCAGCACUAAUAAUUAACACAGACUUGCACCAAACCGAAAAUUUUAGUUUUGCAGUUUCUAGGUGGAAAUUUGCUUGCAGUUAUUUUCAAGCCAGUACUAUUACCCGACAUAGUCAAAACUUGAUUAUGAUAAAUAAUUUCUCAUUGCCAAUAAUCAAGUUCAAUAUAGAUGUUAUAUUUAUGAGACAUGAUAAUUGCAAUGUUUUUGUCAUAUUUACUGCAUAAAUAAAACCACUAACAUUUAAGAAGUUAUUGUAUGUUGUAAUAAAUGGCCUACAAUUUGUUUAGUUGAUCAUCUUUUUUUUUCUUUAACUUUCUUACCCUUGUAAAAGGUAAAGGUCUGACAUAUCUUCUCCUGGUAUAUUCAUUGAUGCCACCCAGUCCUUUUUUCCUUUUUUUAUGCCCUAAUGUAAUUGUCAUUAUUUCUCUGUCUUAUUAUUAGUUCUAGAUCUACUAUAUUUUGUACAUGUGGAAUGUUGAGAUGCUUACUGUUUACAGGAUGGCUUUCUUACCGCUACAUCUCUUGAUAAUUGAUUUAAUUUUCAUUGAUUUUCUAACAAACAUAGCUUAAACUCUCACAUAUACAUAGCAUUCAGGGUUAACUUGACCUAAAUGAGUAUACUGUGUGAGUAAACUAUCUUUUUACUAAUAGUCUUUAAUAUUGUAUAAUGUCUUAUAAUAAUACGAUUAUUGUUGAUUAUAAUGAUGUCAUUAUUUCUUGUACUAACAUUCUUCUAAUUGAAAUUAAUGUGUUUUACUAACAUUGACAAUAGUAUGUCCUGCUGGGCAGGCAAAACACAUGCAGUGACCUUCAUUUUUGAAUUUCUGAAUGUAAGAAAAUAAAUAAAUUAAAGACAAAUGAAAUA